ACACAGCUCAUUGUUGGCAAGUGCCGAUGAGAAACUCACAGAAGAGUGAAAGCAGCGGCGUUGAGUCUGUUUGCAAGGCGGCAGCCGCCGCCGGCGCACCUCCACGACCACCAGCAAUAAUUAUUAUUAAUCGGCGUCGUCCUUAUUGUCCGUGCACGCAAGUCCGGAGGAGACAAGGAGAAUCGAUUGCUCUAUGCUGGAAGGCUUUUUACAUUAACUGAUUGUUCAGUUGCACCUUUUGGAGCAAAAGAAGAAGACUAGAGGGUGCGAGGCUGGAAAUGGCAGACCACAUGAUGGCCAUGAACCACGGGCGCUUCCCCGAUGGAACCAAUGGGCUUCAUCACCAUCCUGCUCAUCGAAUGGGAAUGGGUCAGUUUCCUACCCAUCACCAUCAGCAGCAGCAGCAGCAGCAACAGCAGCACGCCUUCAGUGCCUUGAUGAGCGACCAUAUACAUUACGGAGGUGGAAAUAUGAAUGCAAACAGUGGGCUCAGGCAUGCCAUGGGGCCAGGGAACGUGAACGGCGGCCAUCCUCCCGGCAGCAUGCCACCGGCGGCGAGGUUUAGCAAUUCCCAGUUCAUGGCUCCUACAGUUGCCACCCAAGGGGGGCCCUUAACAGCCAGCAUGCAGUUGCAAAAGCUGAACAACCAGUACUUCAGCCACCAUCCUUACUCUCACAACCACUACAUGCCGGACUUACACCCUGCCAGUCAUCAGCUCAACGGAGCAACCCAGCAUUUUCGGGACUGCAACCCCAAGCAUGGAGGCGGCGGUGGCGGCGGUGGCGGCGGUGUGCCUGCCUCGGUGCCCCAUGUCCCUGCAGCAAUGUUGCCUCCCAAUGUCAUAGACACUGACUUCAUAGAUGAAGAGGUCCUCAUGUCCUUAGUCAUAGAAAUGGGCUUGGAUCGCAUCAAGGAGCUCCCUGAGCUCUGGCUGGGACAGAACGAGUUCGAUUUCAUGACAGACUUCGUUUGCAAACAGCAACCCAGCAGAGUGAGCUGCUGACUCCUUGCAAAACAAAGGACUUUUUUAUCUGUACGAAUGAAAAACAUUCCCUCUUUAGACACAGUAUUUCAAAGGCUUUUAGGAGCUUGAGUAUCUGGGAAGCAGAGUAAACUAUAAGCUUGUAUAUUUUUUUCUUUUUAAUUUGCUGCCAUUUCUUUAUUUUUAAGCUUGGACACUCAUUUCUGCCCUCCCUCCCCUACACCAAUUUUUAAUUGAUUCAUCCUUUAGUAUUUCUCAGUCUCUUUCUCUGCUUCAUUUCCUCACUGGUAACAUGCCAAUUAUUUCAAUUGUUAGAUAAGAAUAUUGGCAAAGUGUUUAAUCUUGUGGAUUUCCUGUAGGCUAUCAUUUCAGAUGACUAGAAUUGCAUUCAAAUUCUAAGUUAAAGGACAAAAAAAUUGCAUUAGUUGGUUGCAUGAACUUCAGGGUAGAUUCCUGCACAAAUACUGCCCUCUUGCUUUGUUUUUAACUAUGCAUUGCAGUGAUGCUAAUUUUUAGUCUGCUAAACUGGAAGCUUAACAAAUGUGGGCCAAACCCUCCAUGAUCAGGAAAAAUAAUACUGUUACUUAAAUUCUGCUCUCUGUUCCCCUCCCCCACUGCCCCAUCUGUACAGACAAUAAUAUAGUGUGAAUGGAAUGGUCUCUAGCUGUUGGAAAAACAUUUCACUGGUCUUUCACUUUUAUUUUUGUUCUGGUUCUAUCUUCUGCAUUUUUUAAAAAAUUUUGGCAUUGUACUUACAUAGUUUAUUCAGUACUCGGGGGGUGGGGAAACUACUGUGUUGAAAGCUUUUUAGGAAAUUUGACAGUAUUUUUGUACAAAACUUUUUUUGAGAACAUACUUGUUAAUUUAUUCUAUUUUAAUUUGCCAAUGUCAAUAAAAAGUGAAGAAAUGCAUUACUUUCCCCAAGAUAUAAAUUACCAAUGUUUUUCUUUGACAUAACUUACCUUUUCACCUCUACCCACUUUCACCAUAUAACCCAUUUAACUUGUUGAGCUGUUGGGUUGUGUAAAACAUUCUGAAGGAAAAACUACUUGACACUAUUGUAUGCUAUAUGUCAUGAUCAGUGCAGAAAGUAAAAAGGAUUUAAGCCUAAUUAUGACAUCACAAUCUCAUAAGUAACAUUGUAACAUGCCUGUGUGAUUUUAUCAAAAGUGAACAUGCCAGGAGGCAACAACUUUGUGAUUUGCCAACUUACUUGCUUUAAAUGUAGUUGUCCAGAAUUAUGAUGCAUAAAGUAUUUAUUCUAUUUAUCUAUUAAACUUUAAUUUUAUAAAUA